AUGGAUCACGUACCAUCUCGCCUGAAAUCUUGUUCUUCGUGCGUACAUAACAAGUUAAAUGUAUAUGAUAACGCUUGGUCAUUUGCACAGUCUUACAUAGACAGCGAGGAUCUUCAGGGUGCAUUUGAUGAGAGAAAGAUUGCAGAAUCUCGCAAGAAGCUCGAGGCGGCUGAAGAAGAGAGUUCAAAGAAGAAGAAGAACGGUAGGCUGGUGUUGAAGGGUGGGAAGUCCGUGAAGAUUUACGACUAG